UCUUACUACGACUCCUGCCGCGCUUACAGAGUACGGUUCUGUACCAUUAUUGUACUGUACUGCAUACUGAGUCAACCACGUGUUGCACACAACUCUCCACCGCUUCUCCGUAACAGCCGGGUCUCGUCUUGGCUUGACUUGGGCUUGGAUUGUGCUUCCUCACUUUCCAGCCUUUCUUCUCUCUGCCGUCUUUUCCUGACAACCCUUCUCUACCCCUACCAUAACCAACCUAGCCCGCUGCAAUCUGCAGUCUCACCCCAAAGCCAACAUCUCAUAGGCUGGUGUCGGUGUUUGCUGGCUGGGACCCCCUCCCCUCUCCCCUCUUCCAGAUACUGUACCUAAAUUCACAUCUGAUAUGGAGACUGAGUUCACCCCCUCUGAGUCACGACCAACCACCCCGGAACCUCCGGGCUAUGUGAAUCCUCUCGAGUCCAGCUCUAGAUGGUACCUGAUCGCUCGUGCCCAAGCCAUUCGUUCUGCUGCGAGUCUGGGUUUCAGUAUCGCUAACCGUACGGAUCCUCCUGCACCCUCACCAACCAAGGACAUUUGGCUCGAUGCUACCCUGUCAAAGGCUGAUCUUAGCCGCGCCGACCGCGCCAAGACAAAGAUCAAGGCCGAAGUAUGGAUGCCGCCCCGUCCCGCUCUCGGUGCCCGGGCUGCCGUUAUAAAUUUCCACGGAGGUGGAUGGAUUCUCGGUCAAGGCACCGACGAUGCCCGUUGGGCUGGUACUGUCAUGGCUAAUCUGGACGCCGUUGUCUUUACGGUCAACUAUCGUCUCGCGCCAUCUUGUCCCUUCCCAACACCCAUCGAGGAUUGUGUGGAUGCAGUUCUUCAAAUCAAGCAUCGUGCUGCGGAGUUCGGCAUAGACCCUGAUCGUAUCAUCCUGUCGGGGUUUUCCGCUGGUGCCACAAAUGCCCUGGCAAGCUGGCUCAUUCUAAACGACCCUGAUCGAUGGGGUUACAAGUUCCCCAUUGAGCCUCCGAAGAUUGCUGGUAUCACUCUCUACUAUCCCCUUCUGGACUGGACCAUCUCGCGUCCGGAAAAACGACUUACAUGCUCAAAGCCGGAGUUUACCUUACCCAAGGGUCUAACAGAUCUAAUCGAUGCUUCCUUCAUCUACCCAAUCAUUCCUCGCGAGGAACGUUACGAUCCAAGACUAUCCCCGGGUUUGAUGCCGGAUGAGUUGCUAAAGAAGCUUCCCCCCAUCCACUUGGUCUUGUGCGAAUAUGACAUGCUCCUCGCUGAAGGCCUCAAGUUCUCAAAUCGUCUCAAGGCUGCUAACAAGCAGUUCACAUUACGUAUAGUCGAAGGGGAGAAACACGCAUGGGAUUGUCCACCACCCAUGUCACCAAAAGAGAGUGUUGCCAUUGAGUAUCAAGAAGCCGUGGAGACUAUGGCCAGUUGGUUUGGGCAGAAGUGCGAGACCGACACUGAAUCCAUGCGAUCAAUGAGACUGAAACGGCCGGUUCUCAAGCGGCCCAAAUACCUCUCCUUCAAAACCUGGUCCGGGAGGUAGUUGUCCCUAGCAGGGUUCUUGAUUCUCGUGGGUUCGAUGUUAUUACUUCACUUCGUCGUUUCCUUUUCCUUUCCACCUAGCGCGGCGCAUAAUGCGAUUAAUGAGACAAGACUUGGCAACACAUGAGAGGCAGGGCAUUGGAUUGGACAUAAUUGGU